UUUCCUUCGAUCCCCCGCCCCUGGGAAAUGGGUCUUUUUCUGCCCCCGCAAGUGCAGCGUCCACUCCUCCGUCCCGGGCUGGGCUGGACUAAGGAAUGCCACCUACUUUGCCAUUUCUGGCCUUCGGAGAGGAAUUUGCCACAGAUUAAGGCGAUCCAUUGGCUUGGUUGGAAGCUGACCAGAAGAACGGGGCAAGCAUUGAAACGCAAGGCUCAGCGGGCCCAGAAACAGAAGAACUUCAUAGCAUCCAUGCUGGGAGGGAUGAAGAAUUCUGGGAAAGAUCUGCCCCAAAUACCUUGAGUGGGGACACAUCCAGCUCAGAUACAGAGUGCCAGUGCUUCAGGCACUUUCUCUACCAGGAGAUUAAGGGGCCCCGUGAGGUUUACAGCCAACUCCACCAUCUUUGCCACCAGUGGCUGAAGCCAGAAAGGCACAGCAAGAAGGAGAUCCUGGACCUGGUGGUUCUGGAGCAGUUCCUGGCUGUCCUGCCCCCAGAGAUGGAGAGCUGGGUCCGGGAAUGCGGGCCAGAGACCAGCUCCCAGGCGGUGGCCCUGGCAGAAGGCUUCCUCCUGAGCCAGGCAGAGGAGAAAAAGCAGGAGCAGCAGGGUCCAUCAGAAGGGGCUGCCGAUUUCCCCAAGGGAGAGGACUGUCCAUCAGAUCCCAGGCAGAGAUUACUCCUCAGGGGGAUCACACAAGAGCUUGAAGGAGGGGCUACCAAUCUGGGUAGUGGAAGGAGACUGCUGGGUUGUUCUGGGCCUCUCCCUCUUUGUGGUAGACCGGAACCAUCGUCUGUGCUACCAGAUGAGGGUCUGGUGACCUUCAAUGACGUGGCUGUGUACUUCUCAGAGGAGGAGUGGGCUUUGCUGGAUCCAGGCCAAAAGAUUUUGCACAAGGAUGUCAUGGUGGAGAACUGGAGGAAUCUGGCCUCUCUGGAGAACGGGAAGAAGGAAGGGAAAGAGCUGCACAGAAAAAGCGAAGUUAAACAUCAAGGGAGAGAGGAAUUCAUUAUGUCAGAAUGUUCUGAUUUUCAUGGAAUUCUCAUUCAAAAAAAGUCACAGAGAUAAAGAAGG